AUGCAGAAUCUGACUGAAUUUACAGCCAAUGCAACAUCCCACAAAAGCCUGUCUGUGAUAAUCAAGGUGUGUGCGGUUAUCCCCUUCUUCUGUGUCUUCCUCUGUUGCAUAGCUGUCAUGCUCCACAUCUUUGCAUCUCACAGGCACUUUCUGGACACCACACGCUACAUCUUGUUUGCCUACAUGAUGGUAAAUGACACUCUUCAGCUCCUGUCCUCUGUGCUGCUCUUCCUCUUUGUCAUGGGCCAGGUGAAAUUUGCCAUUGUCUACUGUGCACCUCUGCUUUUCAUAUCCACCGCCACUUUCCAGAACACACCCUUAAUCCUGGCCACCAUGUCACUGGAGCGCUAUGUUGCCAUCUUCUAUCCCCUCCAGUGCCCGACUACCUGGCGCUCAGACCGCAUCUGGAUCAUUAUACUGUCUCUGUGGCUCAUUAGCUGCAUCUCCCCUGUCAUUGACUUCUCUAUCGGGAAACAUGACCCUGCUGUGGAUGUCCUCUCUACCCCUGUGCUCUGCAAAAAUGCUGUUGUUAAUUCAUCUCCAAUCCAGACAUUAUUCAAAGCUGCUGUUAGUGUGCUCUUCUUUGCAGUUGUGGCUGUCAUCAUCCUCUUCACCUAUGUGAGAAUCCUGCUGGAAACCAGAAAGAUGAGACAGGACCGAGUGUCUGUGAGCAAGGCCAUGCACACUGUGCUGCUGCACGGCUUUCAGUUGUUGCUGUGCAUGUUGGCCUACACUCACGCCAUCACGGAAAGUCUCAUAGUGCUGCAUGCCAACUGGCGACCAGAAGACAUAGCUUUUUUUAAUUACUUCAGUUUCAUCCUUAUUCCACGCUUUCUCAGCCCGCUCAUCUAUGGUUUUCGAGAUCAGAGCCUCAGGGGCUACAUUAGGAAAACUUUCCUCUGCUGCUCAAACAAUGUCAAACCCUGUGUCAGAGGCUGCACGACUGCUUUUUAAACUCCUACAUAAAAUAUACAAAUCUCAUGUGAUGUGAUGUUUAAAAUGUUUACUUUAUCCAUAAACAGAACAAAUGAUAGUUUCAUUACAAUCUGAAGACUUACAAAAAUAUAAAAAAAUUUAUAAAUGUUUUAAGAAAUAAAUAAAACAGAAAACGAAGAUAAAAUUUGUUACCAAUUGAAUAAAACUUUUGUACCCUCUGCUGCCCUCUGAAAGCAAUCAUAACCCCUUCCUUUUAUGGACACAUUGGCACCGUUUUUGAAGAUAAGAUCAACAGUUCAUAGAUCUACCUCUGUUAAAUAUAAACCAGGCAGUGUCCGUAAAUCUGUCCCAGUAUCAUCAAUAAAGAUUACCCAAUUGUGGUUAAAGGUCAAAUUCAGUCUCCAAAGUUCAGAUCACACAAGAUUUAUAAUAAACUAUG